AUGCACAUAGUACCAGAACAAGCCAACGAGCCUGCCCACCGUAUGGUCAGAAACAUCCUACAAGCGGGAAUUCAUAGCUUGAGUCGACAAGCAUGCGAUCGUCAAGAACCCAUGGAGUCCCCAACCAUACCGGAGACAGAAAUCUCAGAGAGAAUCCCGCUUAUCAAAAUUCCUGAGGAGUCUAGAGAAAACGUCUGGGGACAUAUCAAACGGUUUUUCCUAUUUGAUCUCGCGGAGUUCUUUGAUCUCGAGACGGCUUUAGCGGAGGGAAAGCGGCGUGGUCGAUGGAAAUGCGUAAGCUCAGCAGUAUAUCUUAUGAUGAUACCUCACUAAUAACAUUUGUUAGCGUUGUGGCAAAAGAUUUUAUCACGACUCCUCUUGGGACCUGGAUACCACUUUCGCUUUUGAUCAAGAUCCUGCUACAGAUACUGCGCUCGCAGAACAAGCGGGGAAUGAAACCUGUUCACCAAAUCCGCAGGCACACGGAGACACCCAGCGCCAGUAUCUUGGUGGAGAAAACACACAAUAUCUGGAUGCAGAAAAUUCUCAGGAUGCGGUUCUAGGAAGGGAAACACGCCAGACGGAGUGGAUAGUAAUCUAUAUUCCAUACCAGGGCAUUGCAAAAGUAAUAUAUAUCCCAGUCCCUGAAGACCGGGACGAUUUGAAUCUCUUCGACGACCUACGAAAAGAGUAUUUCAACAGCAGGGGUUGGUGGAGUCGCUUCAAAAACCUGAAAGCUGUCAGGAAUGUUCACGUUGCAUAGGUCAGCUAAGUUCUUCAAAAGAGAAGGACUAUAAUUAACCAUAACUACAGUUCCAACUCAUGGCCAAAAAGCUUGCAUCAAUUAAUGAAUCCGAAAUUGGCCUUGCCGUGAGCUCCCGAGGGAAACUGUUCGUAAGACUUGGCAUUAUGAGCCUUGUCCAAUACCAAAGAAUGGAAAAGGGGAACAAGAGUCGCCAGUCCCUGCUUCUUGGAUGCUUCACUUGUGGAAUCAUCCCACUCAUACCGCUGAUGGCAUUAUUCCCAAACAGGAGAUGGACACAUUGCUUAUAUCCCUCUUGAAGAAGCUCAGACUCACACAUCCUAACCGACAAGCAGACCAGGUGUCCCAUAACCAUGAUGUUUACGAGGAAGACAGCCAAGAUGCAGCGAACUAUAACGCAGUGUUUAUCUCAACGCCAAAGAAGCUCGGUAGCAAAUCAACCAUCUCUCAGUCAUCGAGUCCUUUUCCUGAGGGCUGGGGAUUAUAUUUGGAAGAAGGCUUCCACGUAUCCUGGUACUUCUUCGCUAUUCUGGGUAUCUAUUUAUUUGCGAGUCUCGCGUGCGCUAUAGCGUGGAAUAUUGAGUACAAAUCGGGACCUCAAGCGGGUCUAGGUUCAUUCGGUGUUGCCAGCUGGAUGGCAGUUUUGUUUGCGUUGAGUGGAACCACGUGGUUUGCUGCUUUCAAGGAUUGA